CAGCGCGAGAUUCAGUCCCUAACCUGCGGUUGUUUUGUGUCCUGUGGUCUGUGGUCCUCAAGGAUGAUUGUGAGCGGUUCUAGUAACGUUAACUGGAGUUCUGUGUACUUUGUGAAAUUUAAGCAUAUUUGAGAAGAAAGAUAAGUUUCUCAUUAUGAAUAAGGCGCUUUUAACGAAGGUGUUAAUUGAUCUCAAUGCAAAAUUUGCAGAUCCUAAUGAAGAUUUUGAAAAAUCCUUUCAAACAAAUUAUGAGGAAAUUUUAAAUCUGCUUUCAUGUUCGUCUGACGACAUUUUACGAAGACUUACAACAUUUGCUGAAAUGUUGGACUUAAAAAAGCACACUUGUGAAUCUAAAUUUAUAAGCCUGAAUUUUUAUCUCUUGGAAUUACUUAAUGAAGUACUUUCAAAAUCAGAUAUGGAAGUAUUGAGUGUCCAAGAGAUGAAAAACAUUAAAGCUGCUCUAAAAAGCUUAAUGUUGCACGGAAUCUUAAAGAAAUUACAACCGAAAUUACCUCAUCGUGUAGUUACACAUAAAUCCGUGGAAAAUAUUGAAGCAGUAGAUGACAUUUUUUAUAACUACACGCUGUUGAAAUGCACAGUUUUGGGUUUUUAUAACUGCAUAAAACAUCCAAAUUUAAGAAUGUUGAUUAUACCACACUUUCUUCAAGAGAUACUUGUUGCAGUAUAUCAAAUAGGCUACUGCCCGUUGAAGAAACCCGAAAACACAAGUGAUACAAUUUUUUUUAUGACCGAAGAAACAUACACCAAAUUAACACAGGAUCAAAAGUUGUUCAAAGAACUGUUGGAAAAUUUGGGUCAAUCCAUUCAUCCAACAAUUUUUAUUAAAGAAACUAUGAUUUUGUUUCAAGCGAAUGCACCUGUUUGGUUCAAAAGAGCCAUUGCGAAUACUCUAACUAAGAAAAUGAGAUCCAAGAAGGGUGUUCAACAUAUUGCUUCAGCAAUGUUAGACGGUUCUGAUGAUGACACCACAAAGACGUGGAAAAUUCUAGAUAUCUUAACUAAACUCAUAUUAAGUUGUCGAACAUUUCCAGACUUUAGCGAUAAUAUUUGCGCACAAGUUUUGAAUCUGUUGAAUUUAACAAAAACAACAAGUCGUGAAAUGAUGAUUUUUGAACGGCUGGUUGUGUCUUGCACGAAGUGUUUGUAUUCUGAAGAUAAAGAAUUGUGUAAGGUAGUUUUUGUAGAGAGAAUAACGACUCCUUUAUUACAGUUUGUUAAUAAGGAACACAAGUUUCGUGACCAUUGUGAUAUAACGGAUGACAUAAAACACACAGUGCGCCUCCUUUACGGAUGUUUUGCAGAUAAUUCAGUUAAUUCACCGUGCUUACCUAUAAACCUGUUGAGAAUUUUUUUGAAUGUUAUGUUUUAUUUUUAUCACCUAACUGUCAAGUCGACGUUUCAGUCCACGAAUAUGGAAUUGAGGGAACUUUUAAUUAAAUACUUGCAAGGUCGCACCACAUCAGAAUAUCAUGAACUAUUAGACAACUUUUUAUUUGGUUUUACCGUUACGGAUAUUCGCCAAAUUAGAAAUGAUGUCAUUAUAAAAGUUGAAGAAAAAAUUGUUAUUGAAAAUAGCUCACAGUCUAUAAUUUAUGCCACGGCAGAGGUAAUAGAUACUGUGUAUAAUUUAUUGGACACUGGUCAAAAAAUUAUCUUGUUUGGAUACUUGUUAAAGUGCAUAACGGACAAGGAAAAAUAUUUUUUGGCGCCACAUAACAGUACAGAAUUGUUAGCUAACGAAGAUCAUGCAACAAGUACCGUUCUUGAACGACUUUUAACAAUUCACAAACUGCUGUCUCAAUUAUCUGAAAACAAAGAUGUUCAGCGAUCUCUUUGGAAAAAGCCGGAUGAUAUCAUCGAAUACAUAAAUAACGUUUUGUUUUGUGGCACAAAAGAUUCGCAGUUAAUCUUCGUUGUUGUCAUGAUUUUGGAUAAUUUAGUUUCGAAUUCAUCUGCAAGCGCUAUUCCCAAGUACAAAAUCUUAAUCGAACCUUUAUCCACGGUAGCUCAAGAAACAAAGGAAGUUGAAUUAAAAUCGCUUUGUAAUAAAAUAAUAAUUAGGUUAAAAGAAGAUAAACUUCAAACCCCAAAACAUGAAAAAGAAAUAACAGAAUUCGAACAAGCUUUAGAAGAUGUGUCUGACCCUCUACUGCCUACGAGAGGGCAUGGUCUACUUGUUUUGUCGAAACUUAUCGAAAAUAAAGACAAACAAACACUCGAAAGGAAACAGUAUUUACUUAACUUAUUUCAGUUACAUUUAAAAGAUGACGAUUCAUUUAUUUAUUUGAAUGCAGUCCAAGGGCUUGCGUCUUUAGCGGAUAUUUUCCCGGAUACAACUUUGGAAAUUUUAUGUGAAGAAUAUACGGAUUUUUCGAAAAAAAAUGACGCUAUACAGGAAACACGUAUCAAAUUGGGAGAGGCUUUGGUUCGUGUUGUAAAACUUUUGGGUGAGAUGGCUCCUAAAUAUAAGUCCCUAUUGUUAAAUACGUUCUUAUUUGCAACGAAGGAUGACGAUCAUCUGAUAAGAGCUUCCAGUUUGUCUAAUUUGGGCGAAGUGUGCAGAGUUUUAAAUUAUAAACUUGGAAGUAUCGUAACUGAGGUUUUGGUUUGUGUACAUGCCAUCAUUACAACAGAUAAAGCCGUGGAGGCACGACGUGCUGCAGUUACAGUUAUACGGCAGCUGUUCGUCGGUCUGCAAAGUGAGAUGAUAGCAUUCCUCAAAGACGAGAUCUUACCUAUUUAUAGGAGUCUGAAAGAAGUAUAUUACCACGAUAAGGACGACGUUAUGAGAUUGCAAGCGCAACUUGCUUUAGAGGAACUCAAUGAAAAUAUGAAAAAUAUUGUAUUUCCGAAUCCUCAACUUCAUCUGGAAAAGAAGAUUAUUAUGAUGGACUGAGAAGUAGGUUAAAGAAACACGUUUUAUAUUUUACAAAACUUUUAUCAUUGGUUGUAUGAAGUUGUAAAGGAAAAAUAAAUAAAUAGUCAAUUGCAUACUA